AUGGAUUCCGUCUGCAGCCCGGUGAACGGCCACCACGCGGCGGCGGAGGACGCCGCCGGGAGGAACGGCGGUGCCCUCAAGAAGCUCCGCUCGUUCCCCAUCGGCGCUGACGAGGUGCGCAGGGAGUUUGGGCAUCACGACCCCUCGGUGGCCCGCAUCAACAACGGGAGCUUCGGGAGCUGCCCCGCUUCGGUCCUCGCCGCGCAGCAGCGCCUCCAGGGACUGUGGCUCCGCCAGCCCGAUGACUUCUUCUUCAACGAGCUCCAGCCGGCUAUUCUGAGGUCUCGGCAAGUGAUCAAGUCCCUCAUCAACGCCGACCACGUCGAGGAGGUGUCCAUCGUCGACAACGCCACCACCGCCGCCGCCAUCGUGUUCCAGCGGGUCCAGCGGGCCUUCCAGGAGGGGAUCUACGACAGAGGCGACGCCGUGGUUCUUCUUCACUACGCGUACGGGUCCGUGAAGAAAUCAGCGCACGCGUACGUUGCGCGGGUGGGGGCGAAGGUCGUCGAGGUGCCGCUGCCGUUCCCGGUGACCUCGGAGGAGGAGGUGGUGGGGGAGUUCAGGAAGGCACUGGAGGUGGCCAAGGAUGGGGGAAGAAGGAAGGUGCGGUUGGCGGUGAUAGACCACAUCACGUCCAUGCCGAGUGUGGUGAUCCCCGUGAAGCGGCUGACGAAAAUCUGCCGGGAGGAGGGCGUCGAGCAGGUACGUUAGUAGCCGUAUGCCUGCAAAAAAAAAUCAUCUGGCUAUCUGUCGCCUUGCUUCUGUGAGGAAGAAGACGAAGCUUGACGAAGAUGGUGGUGGUGUCUGCUUGCAGGUAUUUGUUGAUGCAGCUCACGCUCUUGGGAAUGUGGAGAUCGAUAUUAGGGAGAUUGGGGCCGACUUCUACACCAGCAACCUCCACAAGUGGUUCUUCUGUCCUCCGUCCGUUGCAUUCCUGUACUGUCGGAGGUCGGAUGCCUCAACUGAUGUGCAUCACCCUGUGGUGUCAAGCGAGUAUGGUAAAGGCUUGGCGAUCGAGAGUGGGUGGAUUGGAACACGGGAUUACAGUGCUCAGCUUGUUGUACCCGAGGUAAUGGACUUUGUGAACAAGUUUGAAGGGGGAAUCAAUGGAAUUAUGAAGAGGAACCAUGAGAAGGUUGUGGAGAUGGGAAAGAUGCUGGCAGGAGCAUGGGGAACAUGCCUUGGCUCUCCUCCAGAAAUGAGCUGCAGCAUGAUUAUGGUGGGCUUACCUGGUUGUCUGAGGAUCGCAAGCGAUGAAGACGCACAGAAAUUGAGGAGGUAUUUGCGAGAAGAGUUCCGAAUCGAAGUUCCAACAUACCACAACGCCACCAUACACGGGGAGGAGGCACUGUUGGAUUUGACGAGCAGUAUAACUGGCUACGUCCGAAUCUCCCACCAGGUUUAUAAUUCUGAGGAAGAUUAUUACAGGCUUAGGGAUGCUAUUAACAAAGUCGUCAAGGGUGGGAUUACUUGCCAGGACUUUCCAUCCAACUAA